GUAGAGCAGCUUACCGACUCUCAUUGUUGCAAUUGGCAAGCCUAAGCUCCAGUAGCAGCAGAAAUCCUCCCUGAAAGAGCUUUUAGCUUACUAGCAUAAUAUUUUAUCCGUAUUUACCUGCUACCUCCUCUCGCCGUUAAUAUUUCAAGUUCUCCUCUCCGGCAGUAACUUUCCCAUCACACCUCAGCAGGCUACCCUGAGCUACUCUACUCUCCUCUCUCUCUCUCUUUCUCGGCUCGGACGCUAAGCUCACAGUUAGGGCUCUGCCUCUAUGUUGUGCGGAAGGCUUUUACAGAACACUGCUUCACCCUCUCUCGACUUUGUACAGAACAGUAGUCCUAUUCUGCAAGGUUACAGAGGCCAGGAUCAGCUAUUGCAAGAAGGAUUUUACAGUAAGGAAACUGUUGGUACUGGGAUAAUGGAAUCCACCUCAAGAGGAGAAACAGAUUAUAAAGAUCAUGGUCUCUUGCCUUCCCCUCUCUCGAUAAAGUCAGAGGAAGACCAGCAAAGUGGAGCCUCUUCUUCUCGAAAGAGACACCUAUCAGAUAACGAGGACUCGCCUUCUAAGUCAGUGAAGAGAGAAUCCGAUGUUGAAGAAGACCCAUCAUUAAUUGAAGGAGGUGGAGAACAUGGCCAGGCAAUAAAGUCAUACUCACAUGCAGGUAAUAGGAUCACAGUUUACUCUAAUACGGCAGAAUCACUCUCUCCCUCUGGCAUCAAAGUCACGCUUCAUGGUAGAGACCUCUGGGCUAAGUUCCACAAGUCAACAACUGAAAUGAUCAUAACAAAAGCUGGAAGACGCAUGUUCCCUGUUAUAAAGAUGAGUGUCUCUGGUCUAGAGCCAGACACUAAAUAUAUUAUUGUGAUGGAUAUUGUUGCCAUCGAUGACAAUCGCUACAAGUUCCAUGACUCCGAGUGGGUUGUAACAGGAAAAGCCGAACCACACCUUCCAGGCCGUCUAUACAUUCACCCUGAUUCACCAGCGACCGGAGCUGUCUGGGAAAAGCAACUAAUCUCUUUCCAGAAAUUAAAAAUUACAAAUAACCACCUCGACCAGUUUGGAUUUGUUAUUCUUAAUUCAAUGCAUAAGUACCAGCCUAGGAUCCACGUGGUCCGAGCUAAUGAUGAGAAAUCACUUACACUGGACGAAGGGAGCGACAGCCUUAGUACACACAUUUUCCCUGAGACACAGUUCAUGGCUGUGACUGCCUACCAGAACCAACAGGUCACACAAUUGAAAAUAGAGUAUAAUCCUUUUGCAAAAGGUUUCAGAGGCUCAGAACUCUCCGGCAGAAGGUAA